GGUGUGUCUCUGUUGACUCACUCCUUGCCAGUAGCGACAGAUACCGCGGCUCAAGCUGAAGUCUGCCCGUCCCACAUUCAGAGUACAGGAACAGACGAGUUCUUUUUCUCUCUUUAACGUCGACACUUAUCUAUCAUCUGUCACUUGUUGGACAAUUCACUGCGGGUGGUGUUCGGCUUCCUCCCACGGCCAAAGUCCUAUCAGAAGUUUUCGAAAAUGGCGAAGGUUUUAAUUUUCAACAUAUGCUUGGUGUUGAUUUUGUCCGGUGUGGAGUCGUGUUUUAUCCCGGGCGCUCUGUACGUAGUUGUUCCGAACAGAGUUGAGAAUGGACACUACAUAGCAACAGUUGAAGUUGCCGACUGCGACACACAAUCAAUGCACUUCACUUUGGAGGACCUGGACUUUAUAAUAUCGAAUAAUGGAGAAAUACAAUCUACGAAGACUGUGUUAGUGCCAAUAGCAGGGCGGACAUUUUCUGUGUGGGUUCAGGACAACAGUGGACCGAAAAGCGAGAUGGUAGUUCACCUUGUGCGCAGUGAACUGCCGAAAAAAGAGUCGACGGAGUUUCUAAAACGCUCCAAGAGACGUUGGAGUCCCCCACCCUUCAACAUAUUGGAGAAUGAUAAGGGACCUUAUCCAAGAGAGAUUGAAAAGAUUGUGUCGGACAGUGAAGCCAAGCAAGAAGUAUACUACACGCUCAGUGGACAUGGUGUCGAUCAGCAUCCAGUGGGAGUGUUCUCUCUUGACAAAUACUCUGGGAUGUUGAGUGUGCACAAGUCAGUCGACCGUGAGGAGUUCCCAUCCUUUACAUUAACAACCAGAGUUUUCAACAGAAAUACAAAUGCUGAGACCGACUUGCCUUUGGACAUCAACAUACUUGUAGAUGAUGUGAAUGACAACGCUCCGACAUUCAAAGACGCACUACAAUUUACUGUGUUAGAGCAAAGCGCUGAAGGAGAAGUGGUGGGAAAGGUGAAUGCUGUUGACAGAGACUUGGAAAGAAGCCUCCACGUCAAGAUCAAGUAUUCUCUCACGACAGGAUCAGAUUGGUUUAUCAUCCACCCAGAAACAGGUGUCAUCACCACCAAAACACGCAACCUGGACAGAGAGACACAAGAGAAGCAUUUGGUGACAGUAGUAAUCAAAGAUAUGGACGGUGCAGCAAAUGGUCUGUCCAACACAGGAACAGCAACCAUCACUGUGGGUGAUAUCAACGACAAUGCACCAACUUUCAAAGAAUCAGCUUAUGCAGCCACUGUCAAAGAAAAUGAAGGUGAAAAACUUAUCCUCCGAAUUCCCGUUCAAGAUAAAGAUUUAGUAAACACACCAAACUGGAAGGCAAAAUUCGCUAUAACGAAAGGAAACGAAAAUGGAAAUUUCAGAAUUGAUACUGACCCCAACACCAAUGAGGGGCUUCUGUAUGUGGCAAAGCCCUUAGAUUUCGAGAAGAACUCAAAGGUAAAUCUCGAGAUUCAGGCACGUAAUGAAGCUGAGCUGAAAGGUACCACAGACCCAUGGGUGUCCGUCCCUGUGGUGGUCUCUGUCGUCGAUGAAGACGAGGGUCCCGAAUUCUCUGCUCCCGUUGUCCGCUUCACCGUCAAAGAGAACCUACCAAAUGGCACGGUGAUAGGAAGUUACACAGCUGUGGAUCCUGAGACCAAGAGCAGCAACGGCAUCAUGUACUAUAAGCUCUCAGACCCAGGCUCCUGGAUCGAUGUCGACAAGUUUAACGGAGAGCUGAAGGUGGCAAACACAAUUGACAGAGAGUCACCGUUUGUCCAGAAUGGAAUUUACAACAUCACCAUGAAGGCUGUUGAUGCCAAGGCCAAGACAGGAACAGGAACUGUCAUCCUUAUUGUCGAGGAUGUCAAUGACAACGUGCCAACGAUCCCCACCAGCGAGUUGGUGGUGUGUGAGAAGCAAGGACAGCUCGGUUCUGUGCUGGUUGUGGCUGAAGACAACGACCAGAGUCCCUUUUCUGCCCCCUUCAGCUUCAGUUUGCCAAAAGAUCAUGAUGGCGAAUGGUCCUUGACUAGAUUUAAUGACACAGCAACAACGUUGCAGCAACUCAAAGAGCUUCCUACAGGGACAUACGAAGUUCCCGUGGAAGUUACAGAUCUGCAGGGCGCUGGUAAAAAACAGACGGCCAAAGUGAGGAUCUGCCAGUGCAGGAAUGGAGCCUGCCCGGCCAAGGAACGCUCAAUGUCAUUAGGGCCACUGGCUUUACUGGCUAUGCUGUUGCCUCUGGCUCUCCUCCUACUGCUCGGUUUACUGCUCGCAUUUUUCUGUGUGACAAAGAGAGACAAGCAAGAAGUUGAAUAUGGAGGAGACAGCGGUGGAAUCCUGCUCAAAUCAAACACUGAGGCCCCAGGGGACGAAGUGGAUUCAAGUCUCAUCAAUGUUCCCAUUGCCGGUGUUGACUCAGCAGUGAAGGGCUCAGUUAAGGGUUUGAAUACCGGUUGGAUGGGAAACAUGAGCACAAGCACAAUGGGAGGGCUUGGCACAGCUGACAAUGGGAUGUAUAACACCGGUGUUGUCACAUCCGAAAUGAAUGACUUCUAUUCUAGCCAGUAUGACCAGUACGGCACUCAAAAGUUUGGAGGUACUCUUCAGGGCAGCGGUGUGAACUAUGACAACAGAUUCAUCGCCCAGGACUCAUCUUACAUUCAGAACUGGAACACAAAUGGCCGCUAUCUUCAACAGAGGCUGGUCUAUUUUGGAGAAGAGGAGGACGGACGGUAUGCGGGCGACCUCAUGCACUCCUACGGGUUUGAGGGGGUGGGAUCUGAAGCUGGCUCUGUGGGGUGUUGCAGCGAGUUUGGCAACGACGAUAACCUCGACUUCGUUAACACGCUCGGACCAAAGUUCAAAACUCUGGGAGAAGUCUGCAGAAAGACAUGAACAAUGAAGCUCAAAAAGUAAUGGUGUUUACUUUUCACUUUACAGGAUGCUGAAAGGACGGGAUAUAAAUGCUUGCUUUGUCCCUGAAUGAGAGAAAGAACAAACAGGUGGUGUCGGCGUGCGCGCACUGCUCUUCUGUUGCCUUUUGUUGUUUGUUUUUUUUCUUUGUUGCUUUUUUGGUAAAAGUCUUAUGCACUGAAAACCACGCAGACACAGUCAGUUGUACAUACUUUGUAUUGUGUGUGAUGUAUUGUUUGCCUUUGGAGUCUUGGUUUACCAACCAUCCAUCCACGUGCUGUACCUGCCUCUUCUUGUGGAAGGUUGUGUGUUGCUGGUGAUGCAGGUUCAUAAUGCUAGUUGUAUUGAUAUUUCCAGUGAAGGGCCUUGGUGUUUUCUAUCUACUGUAUGAGUAACAACGUAUGGGUAUAUUGGUUACUGUGAAAAACCUGUGUUCACAGUAAAUGAAAAAAGAAUUUUGCAUUUGUGUGGUUGACUUCAAAAUGCUUGCUAAUUUUUUAUAGUUUUGAUAUAUUUUUUUUAAAGAAAAAUAAAACAACUACCAAAAAGGAAGUAAGAAAACUGAAUUCUUAACAUUUGACAUGUUCAUUUCAAAUGACAUUUUUUUUAGAAUUAUUUAUCAAUAUGAAGCAAUAAUGUUGAUGGUCUUCCACUGGCUUUCCAAAUCAUACAGUAAUUAUCAGUGCAAACAUUCCUCCACAGCUCUUGACCGUUGACUGGGCGUAGUUUCACCCUGUGUGUCAUUGAGGUGGUUGCAACAUACUGACAGUAAUCCUGUGAAAGUCAGCAUAAGGGCGUGAAUGUGAUGAGUGAGGUGUUACUGAUACUGCCUGCAACUGUUUGAAUACAAGACUGACUGGACACAAGAAAAGCUUAACAGAUCAGAAAAAUGUCCUUGGACGUGCUAAUUAAAGGGGAUAUUGACAUUCCCGUGUGUAUAUUAAGUUGUUGAAGUAAUUUUGCAUGGUCAUUAAAUAAUUUUUCUCCUGGUGAACUUGUGCUAUUGUAGCAGAUGUAUUUUUUUCAGUGUAAUUUAAUGGAACUUCAAUUUAGAUUUAUAAAAUUGAAUUGGUAUUGAACAGAUUAUGAGUAUUUUAGAGGUAACUGUAUCUCAACUAUAGGCCCUAAAGGCUUUGCUUGCAGCUAGGAUUCCGUGUUGCAGUAUGAUCUUAUUAACAUUAAGUUGGAAAAUAAACAACAUGCUUCCUCAUA